AUGUCCUUUACGUUUGGAACACAGGCCCAGGGACAGCUAGAUGAUUCAAGGAGUCGUGAAGAAUCACAGGAAGCAUGGAAGAACAAGCUUUCGCAGUAUGGAUACACCAAGGACAAGGAAACAGUAAAGAACCACCGGCGAAGGAGAAGUGGGAAAGGUGGAGGUGAAGGCGGUUGUAAUACACAGACACGCACAAAGAGACGGCGGUUAGGGAUGCCGAGAAGAGACCAUAUUGACAUGCAUGCGAGAGUGUACGAUGCCGAAGAAUGGGAGGGUACACGGAGGGGGUUAAUAGAAUGUCUGAGGUCGCAGUCCCAACCGUAUAUGUCUGGAGGGGAGGGCGAAGAAGGUAGUGUUGAGGACUAUCCGUCUGAUUUGGAUGGGUGGGAGAGAAAUGUCUUAUAUGAGACACCGCCGCUUGGGGAUACCUCUGGAGAGGUGUUUACACUUUCACAGGUUUUAGGAGAGGACAUUGAAGUGUUGGACACUGAGGAGGAGGAUGGAGGGGACUUUAUAAGACGAAAAGCUGAUCAACUCCGGGCUCGAGAUCAAGAGAAAGAAGAGGAGGCAGAAAAAGAGGUAGAGGAAGUGGAGGAAGCUGGCUGUAGAGAAGGUGGGUAUGAGGUGGACAUUGAGAUCACCAGGGAGGAGGUGUUAGAGUUGACAGAAGAUGUUGAAAUUAUAGAUACAGAAGGGGAGGAAGAUGCUGAUGGCGAGGUGACUUUAGAGGAAGUUAUGGUAACCCAUAUUACGGACAAACAAGUCAUUGAAGUUGACGAUAGUGACUAUGAUGUGAACCAAACCAAGGAGGAGCAACAGGAUUUUUGUAUACCAACGAGUUCACCUAUUGAAUCUGGACAAAUUGGUAAUGACGGGGUUGGUGAGUUACCCGGAAUACGAGAAGAGAUGAGGUAUUCUAUACUUCGAUAUGAGCCCCUUAAGAUUCAAGGCGAUGUCACGGAUGCCGAACUAGACAGAAUGGGUGUGUGUUGGACUCCCAAUUAG